AUGGGUUGGGAGCUUAGUGGGAUAUUCUGGGAGUCACUGGGGGGCAGCAAGGCAGCAGCGGCAGCACACACCUUCUUCGUGGCCAACCCCGGGCACCAGGAGAUGAGGCAGAACCUGGAGUACUACCAAGCCAUGGCGGGUGUCCGUGAGGAUGACUUCGCUGACCUAGAGGCCAAACCCCACCUGAGCGAGUUCCGGCUGGGUGUCCGAUUUUACACAGAGGAGCAGCCGGCCGCUGCCAUCCUGCACCUGGAGAAGGCGCUGGAGGAGUAUUUUGUGGCGGACGCCGAGUGCCGCGCACUCUGCGAGGGACCCUACGACUAUGAGGGCUACAACUACCUGGAGUACAACGCGGACCUUUUCCAGGCCAUCACAGAUCACUACAUGCAGGUGCUAAGCUGCAAGCAGGGCUGCGUUACAGAGCUGGCCUCGCAGCCCGGCCGGGAGAAGCCCUUGGAGGAUUUCCUGCCCUCGCACUUCAACUACCUGCAGUUUGCCUACUACAACAAUGGGAAUUACGAAAAAGCCAUUGAAUGCGCCAAAACCUAUUUGCUCUUCUUCCCAAAUGAUGAGGUGAUGAACCAGAAUUUGGUCUAUUAUACUGCUGUCCUGGGGGAAAACCUGGCAGGACCCAUCCAACCCCGAGAGGAGAUCCAGGCGUACCGCCAGCGAAGCCUCAUGGAGAAGGAGCUGCUCUUCUUCAGCUAUGACGUCUUCGGCAUCCCCUUCGUGGACCCGGAUACAUGGACACCCGAAGAGGUGAUACCAAAACGACUGCGAGAGAAACAGAAGGUGGAGCGGGAGACAGCGGCACGCAUCUCGGAGGAGAUUGGCAACCUCAUGAAGGAGAUUGAGACGCUGGUGGAGGAGAAGGCCAAGGAGUCUGCUGAUAUGAGCAAGUUCAUCCGAGAAGGUGGCCCCUUGGUGUACGAAGGAGCCAGUGUCACCAUGAACUCCAAGGCCCUGAAUGGCUCCCAGCGCGUCGUAGUGGAUGGGGUCCUUUCCGCCGAGGAGUGCCGGGAGCUGCAAAGACUCACCAAUGCAGCUGCCUCGGCCGGGGAUGGCUAUCGUGGGAAGACAUCUCCUCACACCCCCAGCGAGACCUUCUACGGCGUGACUGUCCUCAAGGCCCUCAAGCUGGGCCAGGAGGGCAAGGUGCCCCUGCGGAGCGCCUACCUCUACUACAACGUGACUGAGAAGGUGCGGCAUAUGAUGGAGUCCUACUUCCGCCUGGAGGUCCCGCUCCACUUCUCCUACUCCCACCUGGUGUGCCGCACAGCCAUCGAGGAGAAGCAAGAAGGCCGGAGUGACAACAGCCAUGAGGUGCACGUGGACAACUGCAUCCUCAAUGCGGAGGCUCUGGUGUGCCUGAAGGAACCUCCAGCCUACACCUUCCGGGAUUACAGUGCCAUCCUCUACCUCAACGGGGACUUUGAAGGAGGAGCUUUCUACUUCACUGAGCUGGAUGCCAAGACUGAGACCGCAGAGGUUCAACCGCAGUGUGGUCGUGCCGUGGGCUUCUCCUCUGGCUCAGAGAACCCCCACGGGGUGAAAGCUGUGACCAAGGGCCAGCGCUGCGCCAUCGCCCUCUGGUUCACCCUGGACCCUCGACACAGCGAGCGGGAGCGUGUGCAGGCGGAUGAUCUGGUGAAGAUGCUUUUUGGCACAGAAGAGAGGGAUUUGCUGCAGGAGCCGGAGCAGGAACCACCAGCUGCUGUUGUGCUGGGAAAGGACGAGCUGUGA